AUGGGACUUUGGCGAAAUAUCUUAAAGGCUGAUACUGGACGUGCUCGACGUCAUCUACAACUAGAGCGUCGCCGGUUACUUCCUGCCUACGAUUCGGAUCCGGUUGCUUCCACUGGACCUGCCAAGGAAGUAACUAAAGUGGCUCUUAGGCUGAAGUACCAGAUUGAACAGGUUAUUCCCUGCGAGGUUGAAGAAAGUAUCAUCACCAGUCCAACCAGUCGCGUCAUUACAGAGAGCGUUGUGCGAACUGCGAAACAAGCCGGUGGUGAAGACCUCCAUGGCUGUGUUGUAUUUUGCUUGCUUGUAUGCCUACGUUGGUUCAAAAUUCAAGCUAUAGAGGAGCUUUGGGAUUCUGAUCUCCACGAAAGUCGGGCCCUCGCAUGUGAGGUUAUAGCCAAGCGCAUAAUUGAAACCGAAGAGGACCAAGAUUUUCUACUAAUCCAUACCCUGCUCAAGCGAUAUUCGAUCUUCACCGACGGAGAGGAGACAGUACCGGCUAACGUCAUUGAACGUGCUGUAGACCUUCAUGCUUUGAGGAUUAUUGGAUCCUCUGGGUAUCAGAAGUGCAUCAAAUACCUCUGGAACGGCUGGUUUUGUCAACAGGAUGGCAACCCAACCAACUUCGUUCCCUACCAUGAAAAGGAUAAUACGAAUUUUGCAAUUCAUUUCCACCCCGAUAGGAUGAAAACUCCUCUGUAUCAGAACACAUGUCAAAUUGCUGUCUCUCUAGUAUACCUUGCACUCUACACUCAAGUCAUUAAUACUGUCAAUCGAGCCGGAGACCUCGAUGUCGGGGAAGGAAUCCUCUAUGUGGUGACUCUUGCAUUCAUAUGUGACGAGUUAAUUAAAGUAUGGAAGAUCGGACGGCAUUACUUUGAUUUCUGGAAUGCCUUCAAUUCCACGCUAUACGCCAUUCUUGCUGUCUCUUUUUUCGUUCGUGUCGCUGCUCUAACGCACUCACCUUCAGCUGAUGAUCAGAAGAGACAAACACUCAACGAAAUAAGCUACAAUUUAUUGGCGUUUGCGGGGCCAAUGUUCUGGAUGCGUAUGAUGCUAUAUCUGGACUCGUUCCGGUUCUUCGGGGCCAUGUUUGUCGUUCUGAGGGUUAUGAUGAAGGAGAGCUUGAUAUUCUUUGCUCUCCUCUUCGUUGUCCUAGCGGGCUUCUUCCAAGGUUUUUACGGGAUGGCUCAGGUCGAGUCCGAUAUCCCAGUUGUAAAAAAUAUCGUGCAGGGCAUGGCAAACAGUAUAAUGCAAAGCCCGGAGUUUGGCACUUUCGAGGAUUUCGCGUACCCGUUCGGCAUUAUCCUUUAUUAUUUAUUCAAUUUUAUCAUCAUGACAGUAUAUGGCAGUCUUCGCGCAGAAAACGAUGUCCUACGUCCGGGCGCCGGACGAGAAUGUCUUCAUCCCUCAAUUGUAGCGUUCAACCUCAUCGAGAUUAUCUUCCUAAUCGCACCCUUCGAAUGGUGGCUCCCACGCAACUACUAUGCAAAGCUAAAUGAUGUUGUCAUGGGUAUCAUCUACUCACCAAUUCUUCUCGUAACAGCGUCCCUUGAAGUUCGCGAAGCCCGUCGGAUAAGAUGGAAUCGUCGUCGUGGAGAAGAAGAUGAUGAUGACGUGCAGGAAUGGGAGCAUGCCGCCGAGGAAGUGGAUUUUGCAAUCGAUGAUAGCUGGAAGCAGACUGUCCAGGACACGACACCCAACAUAGCCAUGGACAGUUGCACUCUGGAGAUCGUUCAGCUGAAAGAACAAAUACGUGAAUUGACGGAGAUGGUAAGGCUACUGACCGAAGAGAAGGCAGCCAAGGGAACGCUGUACGGUGGGUCCAGCUCGACUAUACUUGAACGCGAAUAG